AUGAAUGAUUCUUUGGUGGAUGAAUACUCUUUGAUCACGGGGUGGUCUUCCAGUUGGAGAUGGAAUAUCUUUGAAUUCUGGUGUGCAUUCUGUUUUAACAACUCUAUUGGGCAAGAUCCAGAUUCAAAUAACUUGAUCGGGGUUCUAGAUAUAUAUGGAUUUGAGAGUUUCAAGACAAACAGCUUUGAGCAAUUUUGUAUCAAUUUGACAAAUGAGAAAUUACAGCAACAUUUCAACCAGCAUGUCUUCAAAAUGGAGCAAGAGGAAUAUACAAAGGAAGAGAUUGAUUGGAGUUAUAUCGAGUUCGUUGAUAAUCAAGAUGUUCUUGAUCUCAUAGAGAAGCAUGUUUCCAAGAUCAACGCAUGA